AUAUAAACACCCACUACCUCUGGUCUUGCUUCAUAUUUUAAGCAUUUAGUUUCUUUCAUUUCUUUGCACAGAACUAGCUUCUUUCAUUUCUUUGCACAGAACUAGCCAUUCUUUCAACCUCUGAGGUAUAAAAAAUGGUGAGAGCUCCAUGCUGUGAGAAAAUGGGGUUGAAGAAAGGUCCAUGGACUGCUGAGGAAGAUCAGAUUCUCAUCAAUUACAUUCAACUUCACGGCCAUGGAAAUUGGCGUGCACUUCCCAAACAAGCUGGUUUACUGAGGUGUGGAAAGAGCUGCAGGCUCCGAUGGAUAAAUUACUUGAGGCCCGACAUCAAACGAGGAAAUUUCAGCAGGGAAGAAGAGGAUACCAUCAUCAAAUUGCAUGAGAUGUUGGGAAAUAGAUGGUCUGCAAUUGCAGCAAGAUUACCGGGGCGCACGGACAACGAAAUUAAAAAUGUUUGGCACACCCACUUGAAAAAAAGACUGAAGAAAAAUCUUGUCACAACAGAAAUCAAGGGAAGAUCCGUUGAUAUGUCUAGACUUGAUCACGAAUUAAAGACAGAUCAAGAAUUAGUCGAUUCAUCAAAUCUUGCAGCAGGAUCUGAUCAGACCGAGGAACAUAGACCAAUCUCACCGCAACAAUGUUCAAGUGACACCUCCUCUUUGAUCACAGGUGAUAUUGAUACCAGUAAUAACAUGUGCAUGAAGAUCGAGUCGUCGGAUGAUUUUCCUGAAAUGGAUGAGAAUUUUUGGUCAGAAGUAUUGUCUGCUGAUAAUUCAAGUGUGAGUGAUUUUUCGGCCAUUGGCACCGAGCAACAACUUCAAUUUCCAUUUUCUCCACUAGUAAUUGAGGUGGAACAAGUCUAUGCCACUAAUUCAAAUAUGUAUGAUAGCACUGAAUAUUGGCACGACCUAUUCACUAGAGCUGGGGGAUCACUAGAUUUACUAGAAAUUUGAACAA